ACUGAAUCGUCUAAACAGUACACUUUUCAGCGGACGUUUUGUCAGUUUUAUCUGUUUUCGUGAUAUGAAGGGAGCAGCUGAUUCUGAGUAUUCGAUUAUAAAGUCCAAGUGUGUUUUCCUUGGAGAACAUGGAGCGGGAAAAACAUCAAUCAUACUACGUUUCAUGCACGAUACAUUCGAUCCAGCUUAUCAUGCUACGAUAGGCAUUGACUUUGUUUCUAAAACUCUUUGUUUCAACGAAAAAUCAAUACGUUUGCAGUUGUGGGAUACAGCUGGUCAGGAAAGGUUUAGCAGUCUCAUUCCUAGCUAUAUAAAGGAUUCAUCUGUGGCGAUUGUUGUUUAUGACGUCACAAGUCGUGAAUCAUUUGUCAGAGCUGAUAAAUGGAUCGCAGAAAUCCGCACUGAACGUCCAUCAAAAACAUUGGUUUUUCUCGUCGGCAACAAAGUUGAUUUAGAAGACAAACGAGUCGUAACGACUGAAGAAGCAGCUAAGAAAGCUGAAAAAGAAAACUUAUUCUUUGUUGAAACGAGUGCAAAAACAGAUUUUCAAAUAAAGAAGUUAUUUGAUGAAGUUGUAGUAGAAAUCGUUAAUAGUAUAAAUAAUUCAAAAGAAAAUGAACAAAUCAUCAACAACAAUGUUGUUGUCUAAUCUAAAAGAUACUUCUCUAUGAUGUAUGUUAGCUGUAUUCUCUACUUCUAUUUUGUUGUUGUUUGUCUAUAUGUAAACUGAUUAUUACCAUUAUUAUUGGAAUGUGCUUGUACAUAAAUGCUUAUAUAAACAAAAAAAAGUACUAAAGUAAAUUUAUAAAUGAUGAACAAAUUACACAUUGUAUCUAAUGUACAUUUUUUAUUUAAAUGAUCCAUAAUAAUAAAACAGUUUAUUGAUCUUAACUAUAUAUGAUUGUUUUCAUUGAUGAUAAUUUGAUGUUUUACGCUUCUUUUAAAUAAAUAAUGAUUUCAUUCAGUUAAGAGUGAAAUCACACAUACACACACACUUCGACUAAUUGUAUGAUAGUAAUUUAAUAAUGAUAAAUUUAAAUAAUUAGUUGGUUAUGGUUUGUUAUCAGUUCGAUAGUUAGUUAGUUAGUAAGUUCUGACAGCCUAUUGAUAUUAGCUAAUGAUGAAACUGUGAAAAGCUUGAAGAAAUACAGGAAAGUUAUGUCAUUCAUUAUACGAAUAUUCGUCAAGAUUAGAACCAAUAGUUUAAUUAUCAAUACAUGAAAUAUUACAUUUACGAAAUUAUAUUUUAUUGUAAUGGGUUGUUUAAUUAUUCUAUUCGUGGAUUGGUUGAAGUUACACAUUAGCACUAUUGGAUACCGACCAGCUCAGUGGUUUAGAGGUUAAAUGUUCGCUCGCGAGACUGAUAGGUCUUGGGUUCGAAUAUUGCGGAGGUAGGGAUCGUCGAUGGGCAAUGCUAAGGAGUCCCACAAUAGGACGAAAUGGCCGUCCAGUAGUUUCAGAUUUUCCAUGGUGGUUUAGCUUCAAUUGACUCAUGAUUUCAACUAUUGAACUUAUUCCAUUGUUAAAAUUCCAUCGAAAUUUCUAUAAAUUUCAUUUUGAUUUUGCAAAAUAUAUUAUAACUGUACAUUUAAAUUGAUGUGUACUUCUAAGUUUGAUUAAGAUACACUGGAUUGAACAAUUAGUCUUUCAGUUUAUUAACCUUAGUGUAUCCACACAAUGAAUCCACCGGACAUCGAAGCAGCACACACAGAUCUUCCUGUAGAUGUCAAUGCACCAACGACGGAAGAAAUCACAAUGGCUAUCGGACAAAUCGAGAGCGGGAAAGCAGUAGGACCCGACAAUAUACCAGCUGAAGCACUGAAGUCAGACAUUGAAGUAACUACAAACAUGCUUCAUCUUCUAUUUAAGAAGAUUUGGGGGGGAGGAACAAGUGCUGAUGGGCUGGAAAGAAGGACACCUCAUCAAGAUUCCAAAUAAAGGAGAUCUGAGCAAGUGUGAAAAUUACAGAGGCAUUACACUACUGUCAAUACCAGGAAAAGUCUUUAACAGAGUGUUACUAAACAGGAUGAAAGACGCAGUAGACGCUGAACUUC